AUAAACUGAAAGCAACCGCUUCGUUUCGCCAGACCAUAAAAACGUCCGAUGCAGCUGACCCCGUCCUGGAUACACAUCUACACUAGCCUCUCUUGCCUCUUCACCCACUGCUUUGACACCAGCGGCAACCGCGCAAGCUCAAACCAUCUAGUCCUCAACCAGAGCAGUGCAGCAAGCAUGGGCCGCACACCAGUCUACUUCUUCUCUCACGGCGGACCGACCAUCAUGGAGUCUACAGGCCACCCAGCGCACCAGAAACUUCACGAACUAGGCCUCGAAAUCACACAGAAAAUCCGCCCAAAAGCCAUCGUCGUCUUCUCCGCACACUGGCAAGGCGAACCCAACCUCAUCGAAGUCAACACCGCCACGACCAGAGACCUCAUUUACGACUUCUACGGCUUCCCACCUCACUUCUACGAGUACAAAUUCCCCAACACGGGAUCCCCGGAACUCGCAGAGCGCAUCAUGGAGCUGUUCGGCGAAGCGGGCAUCAAGUCCGAGGGCGUACGGAGGGGCCUGGAUCACGGUGUGUGGGCGAGCUUCAUGUGCGCAUUCAACCCUAAGACGAAUCCGCUGAACGUGCCCAUCGUGCAAGUAAGUCUGUUUGACUCGGACGAUCCAGACAAGCACUUUCGACUGGGAGAGGCGAUUCAGAAGUUGCGGGAGGAAGGAGUGCUAAUCAUUGUGUCGGGGAUGGCGGUGCAUAAUUUGGGGGAAAUGCGGGCCGGGUUUCGAAGCGACCAGCCGAGCGCCCCGAUGCCGUACACCCUUACCUUCUCCGCGGCGCUGAAGGAGGCGGUGGAGAAGGGUACGGACGAGCGGCAGCAGGCUAUGGCGGAGUUGUUGAAGCGGCCGGAUGCGAGGAAGGCGCACCCCAGCAAGGAGCAUUUGUUGCCGGUGCAUAUUGGGGCUGGAGCGGCGGGCACUGAUCUUGGGAAGCAAAUUUAUGCCUUGCCGGACGGCAGUCUGGGGUGGGAUAUGUACCGCUUCGGAGAGGUGGGCGCUUGAACAGAUGUAGAGGAAGCAGACUGUGCUUUGAAACGACGAGACG